UAGUCAAGGCAAAUGUGGAGCGAUAUGGCGUAUCCAUGUUCUAUGUCAAUCAUUGUGGCGCUCAGACAGAAUUGAUUUUUGAUGGUGGGUCUAUCGUAAUGUCCAAAAAUGGUGCACUUCAUGACGAAUUACCAUAUUUUGAAGAGAGCAUCAGACAUUAUGAUCUCAACGAAGUAGACGCAGAUGUGUAUAAAACAGAAAUUUAUGAACUCGCUCAUUAUAUCAAUAAAGAUGAAGAAUGGAUUCCUGUCAACUCUAUUUCCAAACCACCAUCUGCAGAGCUCAGACCAAAUCAAAAAGAUAGUGAUAGUCUUCCUGAUUAUGAUAUACUAGAUACCAUUCUCUACCAAUAUAUAGAAAAGCGCCAAGGUCCACAAGAUAUUAUGGAAAUGGGAUACGACCCUGCU